AUAAGUAAUGUAUAUAUAUAUAUAUAUCAAUUGAUAUGUUAUUUUUGUAAAGAAUAAGAAAUUAUCUACGUUACUAAAGUAUGACAUUGCAAAAAAAUCAUGGGUAUAUUUUUGUGAAUAUCUUCACUUUUUCAUUUAAUAAAAUGAUUUAUUCUUGGUAAUUUUUUCUUGUUUGAAAACAUGGAUGGAUCUGCCUUCGUUAAUGGAUUAGAAAAUGUUAAUUCAAAAUGGGAACUUGUUGAAAUUAUUGGAGAAGGAACUUAUGGAGAGGUUUAUCGUGGUGUCAAUAAAAAGAAGGAACAAGCUGCUAUAAAAGUUAUUGAAAACUCUCCAAGUAAAUAUGAAGAAAUACAGAAUGAAAUGUCCAUUCUUAAACGCUUCAAUAACCAUAAAAAUUUGGUUGGCUAUUUUGGGACAUACCUAUACAGAAACCAGCGAGGAUUACCAACACAAAUCUGGUUGGUUAUCGAGUAUUGUCAAGGAAGAUCUGUUUCAGAAUUGGCAAAAACAAUUGUUCAAAAUAGUCAAGGAUUAAGUGAGAAUGUAAUCAAAUACAUUUUGCAUCAGUCUCUUCAGGGUAUCAGGUUUUUGCACAGCAACCAUGUGAUUCAUCGUGAUAUCAAAGGUCCAAACAUAUUAAUGACUAUUAAUGGACAUGUCAAGUUAAUUGACUAUGGCAUUUCAGCACAUGUCCCAACAACUAUGGCUCAUAGGCAUUCUUCUGUGGGUUCUCCAUUUUGGAUGGCACCAGAAGUUAUUGCAUGUGAGCAGCAAUUGGACUAUUCUUAUGAUAACCGAUGUGAUAUUUGGAGUUUGGGGAUAACAGCAAUAGAAUUGGCAGAUGGUGACCCACCUUUAGCUGAAGAACAUCCCAUGAGAGCUUUGUUUAAAAUACCAAGAAACCCUCCACCAACAGUUAAACAACCGAAAAAGUGGAGCCAAGAAUAUCUUAAUUUCAUUGCAAAAGCUGUUACAAAAGAUUUUGAGGCUAGACCGAAUGCUGAAGACUUGUCACAUGAUAUUUUUUUUAAGGAAUGCCAUGAUAAUGAGACUGAGUUACGUAAGGAGUUGAUGUCAUUGAUACAUAUUGUCAUCAAACAAUACGACAGUAGUACAAUAAGUGAUGUUGGUGCAAGAACGUUAAAAGCAAAACAAAAGAACGCGAAAAAGAAUCUAAAAAUGCUUGAGGUAGAUGAUCUGGCAACGUUACCUCGGCUUACAGAGGAUACAAUCCUCACAUAUUUGAGUGAAAGAUACAUGGCUGAUCAAAUUUACACAUACAUUGGUGAAAUUUUGAUUGCUAUCAAUCCAUUCAAGGAGUUAAAGAUAUAUGGUGAUGGUGCAUCGUUGUUGUAUCAAGACACACAGAAAGAAAGUUUACCACCGCAUAUUUACAUGGUGGCAUGUUCAUCGUAUCAAGCAAUGAUACACAAACAACAUGACCAAUGUUGUGUUAUUAGUGGAGAAAGUGGUAGUGGCAAAACUGUGUCAGCGAACUUUUUAGUGCAUCAGUUUGCUUCUAUUGGGAAAUCAAAUGGCUCAAGAAUGAUAAAUAAAAGCCUUGUGGAAAAAAUCCUGCAAGUGAAUCCGUUACUUGAAGCAUUUGGUAAUGCACAAACAGUCAUCAAUCCAAAUUCAUCCAGAUUUGGAAAGUUCUUAGAAUUACAUUUCACUCAUGCAGGAGCCUUAGUUGGAGCAAAGUUGUCAGAAUAUUUGUUGGAAAAAUCAAGAGUAGUAUCGCAGCCUCGUGGAGAAAGAAAUUUUCAUGUUCUAUACUAUAUGAUAGCUGGUUUAGAUUUUCAUAAAAAACUGGAAGAAUUUGAACUGAAUACGAGCAGCACGCAUAGGUAUCUAAAUACCGAUGAAUUAUCCUUGGCUGAAGUGGCAUGUACUUCAGAGAUGCAGGUCAAUUUUACUCUUGUGCAACAAGGUUUUGAAGUUCUUGGUUUCUUAAAAGAGGAAAUACAAAGCCUUUAUUGUUUGUUGGCUGCUGUUAUCCAUCUUGGGGAUAUUGAUUUUAUGGUUGAUGACAUAUCAGCACACGAAGGAGAGAAAGCAAAAGUGGUUAACAUUCAUACUCUCGAAAUUGUUGCGUCAUUGCUUUGCAUAAACAAGAAUGACAUCAACGAAGCAUUAUGUACUAACAGUUAUGUAACUCGAGGCGAAACCAUUACAAGAAAUAAUAAUGUUGAGCAAGCCAUGGAUUGUCGUGAUGCUAUGGCAAAGGCUUUAUAUGGACGAUUAUUCAGUUGGAUUGUGAAGAAAAUUAAUACUCUACUCAGAGCUGAGGACAAAACUCAAACAUUACAUAAAAAGAUUGGCUUAUUAGAUAUCUUCGGCUUUGAAAAUUUCGCACAAAAUUCAUUCGAGCAGCUGUGUAUCAACAUAGCUAACGAACAACUUCAAUUUUAUUUUAACGAACAUGUGUUUGUUUGGGAAUAUGAAGAGUAUGCGAUAGAGGAGAUCAAAUGUGGUGCAAGCAUCGAAUUUAGAAACAAUAAGGAUAUUUUGGAUUUGUUUCUGCAAAAACCUGUUGGUAUUUUGGCAUUGCUUGAUGAAGAAAGUCGAUUUCCUAAAGCCUCUGAUCUUACAUUAGUUGAAAAAUUUCAAGACAAUAUACUAUCAGAAUACAUGAAAACAUCCAAAGAAACCAACACAUAUUUCUCUGUAACACAUUAUGCUGGCAAGGUGACGUAUGAUGCCACUGGCUUUCUAGAAAAAAACAGAGACACACUAUCAACAGAUAUCAUGCAUGUACUGCAUCAAAGUACUGACAAGACAGUUUCGUCAUUAUUUCAAGAUGUACCAGGAUCCAAUAGUCCGUUAGCAAGAGGUGGGAACAACCCGGGUGAUUCAAAAUUUUCUUCUAUUGCUACAAAUCGUUUCCAGCAAACUGUGUCAACUCAUUUUCGGCAAUCUUUGAGAUCACUUCUUUCAAAAGUAAUCAAAUCUGAUCCACAUUUUGUGAGGUGUUUACGACCAAAUAUUCAAAACAGUCCAAACAUGCUCGACCAAGAUAAAGUAUUGGAACAAUUGAGGAAUACUGGAGUUCUGGAAACAACAAAAAUCAGAAGACAGGGCUUUUCUGAGAGAAUUCCAUUCAGAGAUUUUGUGAAAAGAUACAAGUUUCUCUUGCAUGAAGAAACUACGAACGUUCCAUACACAGCUGAAACAUGCGCAAAAUUGCUAAGGAUAGCAGAUAUUGACGAAGAUGAAACAUGGGCUAUGGGAAAAACAAAGGUAUUUUUGAAAUAUUGGCAUGCUGAACGACUGUCGAAGUGUUUUGAGAAAUAUCGUGGAAAAAUACUUCAAUGCCAAAGGGCAAUCAGACUUUGGUUGAUGAAAAAGAAAAUUAAGAAGUACAGCAUGUUUAGAUAUUACUGUGCCAGCAAAAUACGAGCACAAUGGUUAUGUUACUUUCAUCGAAAACGCUACCUGCAGCUGCGAGAUGAGCAAAGAAGAAUGAAAACUGAAAUUACUGGAGAAAUGCCAGAUGGUGCAACUGCAGCAUACAUCGUUAAGUCGGUAGAACAAAGAAAGACGAAAGCCAAGGAGAUAUCCAAGAAAAAGAAAACAAAACCUGCAGACACGAAUCCAGCUGCAGAAAAAAGAUCGAGUAAACAGUCUUAUGAACCGGAUGAGAUUUUCUCAGUUCGAAGGCCUGAAGAAAAAAAUCAAAAACAGAAGAAAAAAACAAAAGUUGCAGCUGAAGUAAAAGAAGAAGAGUUAUCGGAGAGUACGAGCAGUACAACUUUACGACAGUAUUAUCGUAACAUGAAACGCGAAAAAAUUGGUUACAAUGAUUACGACGACUUUUACGAGAGCGAGAGUGGGACACCAGUUACUCUUAAAAGAAAGAUUGGCGAUUCGAGUAUUGACGUUAAUCGGGAUGUAGAAAUGAUGAAGGCAAGCGAUCCGGAAGGUCAAGCUGCUCUGGAAGAAACAAGAGCAAUUAUUCUUCUCUCACAAAUUGAUUUAGCUUCGAAGGAGGCGUUUGAAAUGCUUAACAGAACAGCGUACCCGGUUAUUCACCAAGUGCGUGCAAAAGCUGGACAAGGAAGUGAACCGAGAAUGAGAAAUCAGAAAUUGAAUCACAAAGAUAGAGUGAUAGCUGUUGUGGACGGUUACGGUGAUCCUUUGCAACCCAAAUAUCGAUCAGCUAAAUUACAUGCAGCAGAGAAGGCGACGGCAGAAAAAGAAAAGAAGAAUUCAUAUGCCAAUGCUCCCAUGUUGGGAUUAGUGGAAAAGCCUUUGAGAGAGGAGAACGUAGAAAGUAAAGAUAACGUUCCUAGAAAAAGCUAUUCAUCUCAAAGCACUUCCUCCAGUAGGCCGCAAAAAAAGACAACAUUUUCCGAACCUUCAAAAAAGAAAACACAACCAAAACAACAACACAAGCCGCCUGCGAAACCACAAGUAAAAGCAAGUAAAAGCCCCACAAAACAUAGCGCUGAUCAAUAUUAUCCAUCAAGAUCUGGAAAUGCUGUAGCAACUAAGAGAGAAAGCGAAUGGUUUUAUCCAUCGGCAACAAACCACAAAGUGUUACAAGAAAAAAAACUAAUCGAAAAUCGCAUGCGCGACGAUGAUAAUCGAGAAAAACGCGAGUAUCGUUCCAACACGAAGUUUCAACAUCCACUCCAGUUGAGUAACCCGUAUCAUCACGACACGCGCAUCAAGAAUAAUGACUACAAACCUUACAAUUAUUUGCUAAACGACCGAACUGAUCACAGUAAGGUUCUCGGCCAUAGCAUCAAUCAGUCACCUGUCCAUCGUGCGCUGUUACAUCAGCGGCCGUACCAACAACCAGUGUCCAACGAAACCAAUCAAAAUAUCCCAACUAAACAUACAAAUCAUUGGAGUGAAUCGUUGUAUGACGUACCAAAAAAGAAAAAAAUUGUCACUCCUUCGCAUCAAAAGAAAAAAGCUUCGCCUCGUCAUUCCAGAAAUGAUCUCUAUGCUAACCCGAGACCUGUUGACAGGCAUAAAAAACCGUACGUCAAUUCAAGACCUGUAGAACAACAUAACGUAGCUACAGCUAAACCGAUGCCUCUGCCGGGCCUGGCUAGGAGAACGGAGGCUCCGUUUCCAACAGAUGAUCCAUAUAUGUUUGAACCUUACCGUAUUAACGUUCCAAAAAGUAAAAGGCCAAUGGGAUUUAAUUAUGGCUUGAAUCAGGACAGCAUGUUGCAGGAUUUAAAGUUAAAAAGGACUGGUCGUCUUCAGCAAUUACUUGUUACUGGAUAAAAAAAUCCCGCAAGGAAUGCUCACACUUUUGUGCUUACUUGUAGGGAUUGGUGAAAUUAAAUUAGGAGUGGAGACGUUGGGUAGGGGUCACAGGAUAACCUGCAGUUGAUUUUAGUACCAGACCUUAAAUAGGGUGGUGGUAAUUAAAGGGGAGAGAAAAGGUCUUUUUGAGAAAGAGAUCCUAAGAUAAUCAAAAAAUGAAACCUUUUUUAAUUAGUCAAGGUGUCAGGAGGAGUGUAAUUAAUAGGAUGGUUGGAAUUUAUCAAAAGAAAUUGCAAUAUAACCCACGUACCCUACAACUAUGCAUUGAAAAGUGCGUUCAAAAAAUUUUUUUGGAAAUGCAUUUAUAAAUUUACUUUUUUUAUUAACUUAUUAAUACCAACUUUUUAGUGUUUUUGUUAUAACAAACUUCUUUUUUGUAUAAUAUAAUACGCAAUACUUCUUUCUCGCUACAGGCAUGUUAAAAACCAUUUAGCAGUUUAGAUAUCAAAAUUAAAUUGAUGUAUUCUUAAAUUGUUAAGAAUACAUUAAAUUGCCAACAAAAUGAAAAACUUGUGUUUUCAUGGAAAAAUUUUAUAUUUACACCUGUAAAUAUAUCCUAGAUAGAAUGCAUAAUAUCUACUUUUUAAAUAUGUAUAUAUUUACUUUUUUUAAUGUAUAUUUUACCGAACACAAUAUACCGUAAUGCUUCAAUUAAAUGCCGUGAGAAAAAAAAAUGAGAAAAAGGUUUGUUCCCGAAUAAUCUUUUUUUGUGGUGUGACAGUUUAUUGCGAUAUUUAAAUUUAAACCAAUAGCGUUAUCUCAAAAUUCAAGCUUGAAGCAGAGCGUUUGUUGGUUGGGAGAAUUUAAAUUAAUGGAAACUUUUAAUUGAAGCAUUGCUGUGUUUUUGUUAUCAUUUUACAACGUCAUUGACGGAAUAAAUUUUCACUGAUGUUAACUUCAAUUUUCUGGAAGUACAACAUAUACUUAAUAAUUUAUGAUAACUGACGCUUUUAUGUUAAUUGCUAACUGUGUAUAUAUGUAAACAAAAAUACAAUUUUUUUCUCCAAA